AAGAGAGAGAUUACAAGAGCAGCUCUCAAGAGCAAGCAUAUCCGUCACGAGCAAGUUGUUGAUGGGGAUGGCAACGUUGACGCUGCAGCAGAUCCGGAGUCCGCUUAUCUCAAGUCUCUCAAUGACCUCAAUUCGAUGGUUUGUACUAUUCUGGAUGGCGCUGGCUACAACUCCAAGCCUCUCCAGAUAAAGCUAACAUCUUUCAGCAGCAAACAAGGCAAGAAGCGAUCUCAAGCCAAGGACAAGAGAGAGGCAAGAUGCAAUUGCCAAGCCGCCCAAAGGCAGGAAAAGUGGGCCGAGGUCAAGGACACCGUGGUUCCUCCAGUUCGAAGGUGGACAGCCGAAGAAGAUGCAGAGCUCCAGCGACUGAAACACAAGAUCGAUAACCUGUCCGUGGAUGACACUCUCCUUGGAAGACAGAGGCUGAAGAUGCAAACUGAAGCUCUGGCAACAGUGAAGGGAAUGACGGCAUCCGAACGAACGCAGUUCCUUCGGAGUGUGGAAGAAGAGGAUGACGACAAUGGCGAUUUGGUGGAGAUUGUGGCGGCCGGUGGCAAUCCGUGA